CAGCCCUCCAGCCUCGGCCGAACGGCAGCGAGCGCAGCGAUGCCGCCGCGGAGGUGACCCAUCAAGUACGACCGCUGCUGCCCGAGACCGCUGCCGUCGCGACCGCAGCGAUACAUGGCUGCCCGCAUAGCACUCUGGUGGUGCCUCACCACCGUCGCAGCCGCCCGCGAGUGGGCCGUGAGCGACCGCUUCACGGGCCCCGUCGAGCACAAGCCCGGCGACGUCAGUCUCGGCUUCCGCAUCCCGCGGAACAACUCGGAAACGCUGCCCAACGUCGAGCCGGAGAUCGAUUUGUGGGUAGAUGAUCAUGCGAGCUUCAUGGAGUCGGUCGGGCGGUACGCGGAGCUCUGUUGCCGGUUGGAUGGGAUGGACCUGGGCUGCGACGAAAUUGGAAGCACGCGCAUCACGUUACCUCCCAAGUUAUCUCUCGGUCUGCAUGAACUGGCUUGUGAUUUAGUGGAUGUCGCGACGCGGAGGGAGCUUCUCACGUACGGCACGACGCUGUGCCGGUGGACGGUCGUAGAACACGUCAACCAGACCACUGAAGGUAGGCGGUUAGUCGAGCUCGCUGAUGAGCAACGUAUGAUGGAUGAGCCUCUCUAUCGGUGGUGGCGCGGGCAGGGCCCUCUCCCGUGGUCCCUUCCACAGUACCCGUGGGCCUUGUCACGAGUGGAGAAGCCUCUACUUAUUGUUGGAGUCAAGUGCGCGGCAUCGGCCAUCUCGCAGCGCGACGCGAUGCGCCGGACCUGGCUGAGUGACGCGCCGGCCGACGGCUCGCUGGUCGUGAGGUUCGUCAUAGGACGCGCCGAGGACCCCUACGUCGCCCGAGCGUUACAGAGGGAACUCGAAGUCUACAACGACGUCCUCAUACCACCUUUUCUGGACCUCGAAGACGGCUACAAGUCGCUCGUGCCGAAGACCAAGGCCUUCGCGUCGUACGCCUUCACUCAAUAUCCAUCGGCGUCCUACGUCAUGCUCUGCGACGACGACGUCCUCGUGGACGUUGAAAGAUUAUUGGAGGCGAUGACCACGGGCUCGCUCCCUUCGCGUCGCUUCUACGCGGGCCAGGUCUGGGCCGAGCACUUCCGGAAGCCGACGCUGCCGCAACGGUCGACGACGCAUCGGAACUAUUUGCCGGAAGCCGUGUACCCCAUGUCCCAAUUACCACCAUUUGCCAUCGGGCCUCACUAUUUAUUGUCGAUGGACUGUGCUGAAUUUAUCCAUAAAAACAAAGAUGAUCUAGCGGGCGUGGGCACGCUGGAAGACGUCUCCGUGGCGCUGUGGUUGCUCGCCUUGCAGGUGCAUCCGCAACAUAGUGAACAGUUCACCAAUGCCCGUUUGUUCGGCUGCGAGGCCUAUUCCGUCUCCAUCGCCGACCUUACGUCGAGGGGCAUCCGGGCGAUCCACGCGAACCGAAAGAACGGGCGCGAUGCGUGCGAGGGCUACGAGGAGCUCGCGUGGGUCAAGACGCCGCGGUUCAAGCUGCAGACGCCGGACGCUCUUUAUGCGGUGCCUGUGGGGGCGGAUGGUCUCGCGCCGGAUUAAUAAGGUUGUUUAUGAU